UAAAUUUUUCACCAUUCUCCACCAUGAAAAGAAAAAUAUUUUAGGUUAUUUCUAUUUCUCUCCUGUUUCAUGUCCAAGGAAAUUUAAAGAUCAAUUUUUUUUUUUUUAAUUUCUCUCUAAUUUCGCUAAAAAAUUUCUAAUUAAGCAACGCGAAAAUUCGCCCUUGCAAAACCCUCUAUGUUAAACCCCAACUCUGUUCAUUUUCUCUCUCUCGUUUCUAUUCUCACUGUCCUCCCAAAUCUCAGGGAUCAAAGCGAUUCUUCUCUCUCUCUCUCUCUCUCUCUCUCUCUCUCUCUCUCUCUCUGAUGGCUGACGACGUGGACUCUGAUGCAUGCGUUCCGUCCAAGAGGAGAAUCACGGAGAUAGAAGAAACUCUCCUUCGGCAACAAGAAGAACCCUCCACUUCUAUCUCUACGCAAGAGAAACAGGAUUCAAAAGAGUCAUCUUUGAUUGCUUCAUCCCCGCAAGAAGACCUUGAAAUCAUGCGAGACAUUCCCAGUUCCGGUUCUCCUAAGAAGGUUAAGUGCUCUUUCACUGAACAUCUUGGCGGUAGUACUGAAGAGAAUCAAGGAAUGUUAGGUUGUGUUGGUGAAGAGAAGAUAAUUCCUUGUGAUUUGGUUUCUUGGUCUUUUGGAUGUGAAGGGGGCACUGAAGCUUUUACAGGAAAGGUUGAGAAUUUAGGUGCGCAGGUUCAAGUAACUAAGAAUUGUGUGGUGGGUUCUGUCUCUGGUGUUGGAAAAAGUCAAGGGGAGAUUGAAGGGACUGUCAACGAUGUCAUGGCUUCUGCAAAAAGUGAAGUGGGUUUCUUUGGAGCUGAAGUAUUUGAUAAGCAUGGAGUCUCAGACUCAGGAGAGUACAACGGAAUUGAAGUUGAAAUGGGUUCUAUCUUUGAAGUGAAAGAGGAGUUUUUCUCGAAAGAAAAAACGGAAGCAGAGACUUUGUUGGAAGCCAAAAAGAAGCAAUUAUUGGCAAAACUCGAUGCUGGUUCGAUCAUUAAAGACAAAAUCCAUGUCGAAAAUGUUCCGGCUUUCAACACUACUACAGGAAUCUUGGGGGGUCUCAAAGGAAUUGAUGAGUCUGUUAGCCCUUCUCUGAAGGUUGAAGUAACUGACGAUACAGCACUGAUUGAAACGGUUCCACUUCCCAAAACUGGUAAUAUUUGUGUAAAGAUUUCUGGGGGGAAUGGAAAGAAGAAUGAGAAACAAGAAGCUGGUGGAAAGAAGGCAAAACGACCACGAAGAAAGGGAAAGGAUGUGAAAAAGGUUCUGGAGGUUGGUGACGAACAAAAGAAAAUGACCGACUUUGACAAAGCUGCAAGUAAAAUAAGCCAAGCUGGUGAAGCUCAAAAUAGUGGUCAAAAGAAUGGAUGUCAAAUAAGAAAAUACUCGAGGGAGGAGAUGGAGACCCUGCGGUUUGUGAACAUUGUAGAGCAGAGAAAGUUGUGGAGAGUUAUAUGCACUGGGCUUGGAGACGCUGUUGUAAAGGAGUAUAAUGACUUGGCAGGCUCAAGGCAACAGAAGAACAUUCACAUGAACUUUGAUCCUCGACAGCACUUUGUAACGAAGGAAGAUGCCCCUGGAAUUCUCAGGGACGUGUCUUCUGAGAAUGGUGACAAUGAAAUAGAAAACACAGAUGCUGGUAAGGUAGAAAAUGUGAAUCUUUUGGAUCCUUCUUGUGAGAGUAUUGGGGGUGAAGAUGCCAGCACUUUUUUGGAAGAAGGAUGCAGUGAAGAAGAGGACAGUGACAAAGAUUAUGCUAGCAUCCAGAGACCUGCUUUUCUUGUAGAAGGAGAGCCAGAUUUUGAUUCUGGACCUCCAGAAGAUGGUUUGGAAUUUCUUAGGCGUGUCAGGUGGGAAGCUGCGAAUAUUCCAAAAGUUAAAGUGGCCAAGCUUGAUAGGAGUAAAGUUAGUAAAGAACAAAGUGUUUAUAUGCCUCAGAUUCCUGAGAUUGCAAAGUGCCCAGAAAAUUUAAAGCCGUUGAAGCAAUGGGAGGAUGCAUUUCUUGCUGAUUUUUCAGAGUUACGGAUGUUUUUGUCCUGCAAUGAAGCUUCCAGGUCUGAAAGUUCAUGUAAACUGCAAUCCAUGGUUAUUGUUAAUGAGCAGAACACUUCCUCCCCUCAGCUUGCUGAAAGUGUUAUUCUUGAAAAGUUUAAUAACCUCAGAACAGAUGAAGUCCAUUCCAAUAAGGUGCUUGAUGUUUCCUGCCUCAGUAACGCAGUUGACCCGUUAUCUGUAGGAAAUGCUGAAGACAGUAAAAUAUUAGCAUAUUCUCAGGACAACUCUCCUAAAAGUUCUAUCAGCGAUUCUUCAUGCAACUGCCCUACAUUGUCUGCAAUUUUAGCAAUGGAUUCUGUAGCACGAGCAUCAGUGCUGAGGAAACGCAUAAACUCGGUAGAAACCAUGAGCAUGCUGUCAAAAAAUGAUUGUGUAUGGCUCUUUGCUUUAUGCGCAGCAGUUGAUACUCCAUUAGACGCUGACACUAGUGCUGCUCUUCGAAGCCUCCUCCGUAAGUGUGCUAGCUUGCGAGCUGCAAAGUCUGAACUUGAUGAUGAGGUUGUAAUGCUGAAUAUUCUUGCCACAAUUUCUGGCAGGUAUUUUGGACAGUCUGAAAAUUGAAGCUUUGCCAUCCUUAGUAGGUCUCUGUUCAAUAAAUUUUUGUAUUGUUAGAAGAGCUAUUUAUUUCAUAAUGUGAGAUGAAUCAGAUGCUGUAUAUUUUGACUGAAUGGGCUUGGUGAAAUUGGUAUUGGGAACUUGUUCAUCCUUCAUUCCAGUCUAUUGAAACUUCUGAUGUCAUAUAA